AUGCACACUAACAAAACUCCCUUAAUUGCUACCUCUAAUUCGAGAAACACUCAGACCCUCGAACGUAAACUGCGCAGCAGUUCAAAUACAUCUGCUUCUUCCACCAAACAUACGACUCAAGCGGAACAAGUUGAAGGAAUAAUUUCUAUCAAUCAUGUCAUGACUACCCUCUUGUCCUUCCGGGAAGACUUCUCUACAUAUAUUAAAGCUCAAUCUGAAACACAAGCUAAGCAAUUUAAUAAUUUUAGAAAUGACCUUAAGGGUUUGUCUGGUCUUGUUGCUGAACUUAAAAAUGAAAAUUCUGAACUACGUGUUUAA